GGCUAUUCUUCAUCCCGGACUUUGCAACAAACUCGCCUAUUUGUAUUACCACAAAGAGGCCUGGCAGUCAGUGUACAGCAAGGCGCUACAACUGGGAGCAUUCACUCUGGCUUAAAUGACUAACGGUCACUACUUGUUUCCAGAGGCCCACAUCAUAAUCUAGAGCUGCGUGAGCCUUCAAUUCAGCUCUUCGGGUGAAGCCUUUAAUCCUCGCUCGACAUCGAGCACACCAAAUGGCCGCGGCUCUGCCAUUGGGGGUUGAGCAAUUCGAAAGAUUAAGCUCAUAUCCUUUCAGCACGGAUCGGGAGUUUGCGGUCGGGCUUUCGAUCAUACUAGGCCAUCCGGAGUCGCCUGCGUCGGAGGCAGAAAUCAAUCGCAACGAUGACCUUACACUCCAAGCAAAAUGCUUUUAUUUCUCAAGAAAAGAAAACCUCACACCGCCACUCAGUUUCUUAGAGUACAAGGCCUGGUUGGAGUCGGCGCCAGUAGGAGCUGCUUCCGUAGAUCAAAAGGCCACGCCAGUCUUGCAGCAAUCCAGCACUGCCGGCUCUUCGUCAAACAACUAUACGGAGAAAAUAGCGAAGUCCUCCGAGGAGCCUGCUUACCCCUCAUCAUUCGCACACAUAGUCGAACUGAUUACAACGGGUCAACCGAUCCCGGGGAUUCAGCAAAUCCCAGAUACAGUCUUAACAGGACAUGAUACUCCAAGUGAGAGGCCAAAGAGACGGAAGCCAUGGGAGAAUGGAACAGGUAGUGAAGGUCUGGACACCUAA